AUGUCUUUAUUGAUAAUCCUAGCGUCCUGUGUAAUUCACACUGGAAAGAAGCCAUUUAAGGGUAAAGAAUGUGGAAGAGGUUUAAGUUCAGACACAGCAUUGAUCCAGCAUCAGAGAAUCCACACUGGGGAAAAGCCCUAUGAAUGUAAGGAGUGUGGCAAGGCCUUCAGUAGCAGUAGCAGCUCUGUGUUCCUUCAGCACCACAGAUUCCAUACUGGGGAGAAAUUCUAUGAAUGUAAUGAAUGUUGGAAGACUUUCAGUUGUAGGUCAAGCUUUAUUGUUCAUCAGCAAAUGCAUACUGGGGAGAAGCCCUAUGAAUGUAAGGAAUGUGGGAAACAUUUACGCUCUAACACAGCCUUGACUCAACAUCAGAGAAUCCACACUGGGGAAAAGUCCUGUAAAUGUAAGGAGUGUGGGAAGGCAUUCAAUCAGAAAAUCACUCUCAUUCAGCAUGAGCGAUUUCACACUAGUGAGAAACCUUAUAAAUGUAAGGUGUGUGGGAAAACCUUCAGCUGGUGUGGAAGAUUCAUUCUGCACCAGAAACUACACAUCCAGAAGACUCCUGCCCAAGAGUAG